AUGACCUGGGACGGUUUUGUGGAACUGUUCAGGAGGAAGUACUUUCCGCCUUCUGUGAGGGAGCAAUUGGAAAGGGAUUUUGUCUCGUUAGUCCAAGGGACUAAGAGUGUGAGGGAGUAUGAGGCUGAGUUCUCAAGGUUGUACCGCUUUGUAAGGCAGAUGGAUGCUGAGAGCUUAGCUAUGAAGUUUCAGUGGGGACUGAAUGCUUCAAUCCGGCGCGAUGUCGCUGUUCUGGAACUGAAGACGGUGGAACUCAUUUUCGCUAAGGCUAUGGCCAUUGAGCAGGAGAACCUGACUUUCCAGGAACAGGAAUCGGCUGAGAGAGAUUUCCAAAGAAAGGGAAAGGCAAUUGCGGGGGGCAGUAAAGCAUCUGGAAAUCGAAGUGGAUUCUGGAAGAGACAGAGGACUAAUCAGCAGGCGCCAGCUAGGGCUGCAGCUGCACCUGCUAGGGUUGCACCUAAUAGGCCGGUGGCGAACCCGAAGUGUUUCAAUUGCAAUGAGAUGGGCCACGUUGCUCGAGCUUGCACGAAACCUAAGAACUUGGCAUGCUUCACAUGUGGCCAGACGGGGCACUUCUCAAAGGAUUGUACCCAGCAGGGUAGGGGACAAGGGAAUCAGCAGAGGCAACUGCCUCAGGGGCAGGCUAGGGUGUUUGCUAUUGGUCAGCAGAAUGCCGGAGUGGAAGGUACCUUAUCCUUAUUUGAUUUCUUUGCUAGGGUGUUAUUUGAUACGGGAGCGUCCCACUCUUUCAUAUCUAGUUCUGUGGUUGAUAUGUUAGGUUUGACUCCUAGGCCUCUUGCUAGACCCUUGUGUGUUAUUUCCCCACUUGGUGUUUCCCUUGAGCUUGAUAUGUUUUGUGAUGCAUGUCCAAUUGUGAUUGGUGGUAAGGAGUUUACCGCGACCUUGAUUGUGUUAGCAGAUCAUAAGUAUGAUGUCAUUUUGGGUAUUGAUUGGCUGAGGCCAAAUCAUGCUAUGAUUGAUUGCUUUGAAAUGGUAGUGUCAUUUCAUAUACCUGGACAGCCAGUAUUUCGUUACCGGUGUCUUAGGUCAGAUACUGCUAUGAGGGCAGGAUUCUUAGCUCACGUGGAGUCAGUGAGUUGUGCUGCGGUUAUGACAGAGAUUUCUGUGGUUUCCGAGUACAGUGAUGUAUUUCAGGAUAUACCAGGGUUACCUCCAAGGAGGGUAGUGGACUUUGCUAUCGAUGUGAUACCAGGUACUGCACCUGUAUCUAUGGCACCAUUUCGGAUGGCACCAACUGAACUUAGAGAGUUGAAGGAGCAAAUUGAUGGUUUACUUGAGCAGGGGUUCAUUAGACCUAGUACUUCUCCUUGGGGUGCACCUGUGGUGUUUGCGAAGAAGAAGGAUGGUUCACUAAGGUUGUGUGUGGAUUAUCGGCAGUUGAACAAGGUGACGAUUAAGAAUAGGUACCCUUUACCUAGGAUUGAUGACUUGUUUGACCAGCUUAAGAAAGCUACUGUAUUCUCGAAGAUUGAUUUGAGAUCUGGAUAUCACCAGUUGAGGGUGAAGGACGAGGAUAUUCCUAAGACUGCUUUUAGGACCAGGUAUGGACACUUUGAGUUUGUUGUCAUGCCUUUUGGUCUAACCAAUGCACCUGCUACAUUUAUGGACUUGAUGAACCGUAUGUUCAGUCCGUACUUAGAUAAGUUCGUGGUAGUGUUCGUGGAUGAUAUUUUGGUUUAUUCCAAGACGUUGGAAGAUCAUGAUAGGCAUCUGCGGAUUGUGCUACAGAUUUUGAGAGAAAAGGAGUUGUUUGCGAAAUUCGAGAAGUUUUCGAAGGAUGGAGUCUCUGUGGAUCCUUCUAAGGUGGAAGCAGUGAUGAACUGGGGCCAACCCACUACAGUUACUGAGGUACGUAGUUUUCUGGGUUUGGCAGGUUAUUAUCGGAGAUUCAUUGAAGGAUUUGCUAGUAUUGCUUCAGCUUUGACCAAGUUGACCAGGAAGGAUGUUCAGUUUGUGUGGACUGAGAAAUGUGAGCGAGCAUUCAAUGAGUUGAAGAGAAGAUUGACCACAGCCCCAGUGUUGACUAUUCCCACAAGCGGAAAGGCCAAUGUGGUGGCGGAUGCUUUGAGUAGGAAGCCCAAAGGUAUUGUUGCUUCUGUGUUGGAGGAUAUGUUGAGAGCCUGUGUGUUGGACUUCAAGGGAAGUUGGGAGGAUCAUCUGCCGUUGAUUGAAUUCUCCUACAACAACAGUUAUCACUCCAGUAUUGGCAUGGCACCAUAUGAGGCCCUGUAUGGUAGGCCAUGUAGAUCUCCGAUCUGCUGGGCAGAAGCGGGAGAUAAAGUGUUAUUGGGUCCUGAGAUUGUGCAGGAGACCACUGAAAAGAUUUCAGUUAUCAGGGACCGGAUUCGAACAGCACAGAGUAGACAGAAGAGUUAUGCAGAUUUGAAAAGGAGACAUGUUGAAUUUAAUGAGGGUGAUCAUGUGUUCUUGAAGGGUGAUGCUUCUUGGGAGUUGGAGUCGGAUAUGAGAGCGAAGUACCCACAGUUGUUUGUUGAUGAGCAAGCGUGA